UUAAACGUUCCCGGCACGGAGCCUCCUUCUUGAGCAUGGGUCGAUCUGUGCUGACUGACUCGCGAGAUGACGGGAAAUACACCCAACUCUUUUUAUAAGUCCUAUAGUACAUGGUCAAACAUUGGAAAUCCUCCCUUUCAUUCUGUUUUACAGUGGUGACGUCCAGUGGGUAAUCAACUUUGAUAAUAUGGCUGCAAUAAAUGACAUAGACACUUCUGUAACACUGGGUUUAAGACGUCUAUCCACGUGGUCCACUGGAAGAGCGCCCACUGGACACCUAUUCGCAACGCAUUGGACGUGGUCAUGGCAAGAUGAAUACAACCAAUGGAUUAAGUAUGGUGAAAAGUCAGGAUCGUCAUCAAUUGAUAGCGAUCAACUGGAGAAAGAGUAUCAGAAUUACCUGGAUAAAACGGCGGAAGGUAUAGUCUCCUUUACAUCAGGACACCAUGAAUACAUUCUUCAGUUUAAAACAAUGCAACAACAGAAUACGAAAUACAAGACAAAAAGGGCCGUCCGCAGAAGACCGAAAUUCAUGUCUCGCGAUGAUGUGCAAGAUAUAAUAAGACAGGGCCCAAGUAGACCAACAUGUACUGGUAGUACCACUGUGGCGGUUGCGGCGGCAAAAGGGUCUUCAACGUAUUACGUACCUGACCAUUGGGACCUCACUGGAGAUGACUAUGGUGAUUACAGAUUGGUGGAUAUCCACCCCACUGGUAAAACUGCGAGAGAAUACAAUGAUGUAACGACCAAGUUUUAUAAAACGAUUCCACGAACCACUAGAAUCACUAGAAUUGUCAGAGUUCAGAAUGAAGAGUUAUGGGACCAUCACACAAGAAAAGAAAGGUGGAUGAUGAAGAAAAACAUGGAUCGGAAAGUAGAAGAACGGCACUUGUUUCAUGGCACCAGACAUGAGUUUGUUGACGCUAUAUGUCAGCAAAACUUUGAUUGGCGUGUUAGUGGUACAAGCAGUGGAACAGCCUAUGGCAAGGGCAGUUACUUCGCCAGAGAUGCCACAUAUUCUCACAAUUAUACACGCCCUGACACUAAUGGUAUAUAUCAGAUGUUUUUGGCUCGGGUGUUGGUGGGGUCAUACACUGCUGGAAAUGAGGAUCUUGUUAAACCGCCACCAAAAAAUCCCAGUAAUCCCUUCGGUGAUUCUUAUGAUUCAUGUGUAAAUUCCACAUCAGAUCCUAGUAUAUAUAUCAUAUUUGACAACAGCCAAACUUAUCCACAAUAUGUUAUUUCAUACAAGUAAAAUCAAAAUAGAUUGAAUUAGAAUGGUUAGGAGGUGAAAAUUUCUCAACCAUUUUGCGUGUACAACAAGUUACCUGUGCAGUCCAGGGAUCAAGGAUCUUCCAUGGUCACUUGUGGUAUCAAGUCUAGUACACGUAGUCCUAUCGUUGGGUACAUAUGACCUGUCGGUUAGUGUGUGGCUACACAACUGGUCGCUCUCCUUUAUUUAGAAUUGAUUCCGAAUGAAUCAAUCAAAUUAUAACUGCCGGCCUCUUCCCAAUCUGAUAUUACCAUAGAAGAACACCACCACUGAUUGGUCAUCAUGUUGUGGUCUGUACUAUACAAAUAAAUAAUUGCCAUAAGUUCCGUUUCAAUACUAUUAUAUGUGAUUUAUGCAACAAAUAAUUGGUUGGUGAUUACUAAUAGAUUUUGUAGUUUUUCAUUUGUCUUAGAAAUGUUUUUAAUAAUUUGUAAUUUGUUCUCAUAUGUUAUAAUUAUAAAUGAUUCAUAUUCAGUGUUUAUUUAGUUGAUACCAUUUGGGUAUCGGUCACGCGAGAUUUGACUCAGAAAUUCUUUGUUCUGACUCACAAUACAUAUGUGAAUAAGUUGUUAUAUUGUUUGAAUCAUGAGAUUUCAAGAGCUAUAUAGAAAUAAGUGAUUUUGUAAAAAAAUUGUGUAUCCGGCAUGGACGUGUUUGGUUUUAAUAUUUUGUUCAUUCAUAUUUUUUUAACAAAUCAAACUAUUUACCGAGAUCCAAUUUCGUAAAGAAUGAGAGGCUUAGCUAAUAUACAAUGUAUAUCCAAGUUUUCACCAAAAAUAUAUGCACCCGCCAAGUGUUUUCACAUUUAGGGAUUAUAAUUUUUGUUUUCUAUAAUUUCUUUGGUAAUUACUCAGACCCAACGUUCAUGUCACAAUACUGUUUCUCGAUUGGUCAAUUUGAAUUCUAACAUCUAUUUUGAUUCAUAAAUUUGCAUAUUUAUGCACCAUUUAACGCUCACAGCUAUGCAUUUUAAAUAAUAUCCCAUGAUUUUUGAUAUAUCGAUAAAUAAAUAGUAUGAUAUACUUUUAUAAAAAAUAAUUAGUUGAAGAAAACAAGUUAUAACA